AUGUCGACCUCUUCGUCGACGUCUUCUUCCAGUUCGGAAGAAGAGAAAUUCAUCAAUUCUGAGGAGCAGAAGGUGGUCGAAGUUUCGAAGGUGGAAGAGAAGAAACCGAUCAAUUUGGAUGACUUCAUCACCCUCAGAUGGUACUGUAUGCUAGUGCUGGUUAUGGCUGAGCUCACGGCGUUCACUGCGACAGCCAGCAGCAAAAUUAUGGUGUUCGCAGGUAAGACAGUUAGUUAUGAACAACAUUAUAUUGAAGUUGAACACUUUUUGAAAUUUUGAGAACAUAGAUGAUACCUGUAGACGCCGUCGUUCAGUUUAUAAAAGUCCCGAAAAGAUUAUUUCUAAGCGAAGAACAUCUCAUUUCAAAUCCAAAAGGUUCACGGUCGUAACUUACACCGAAAACAAGGGUCUCAGUGUUGUAAGACCCUCCCUUGUCAAUCAGUAUUAGUACUUUCACGUGAAUCACACGGUACUCAGGCCAUAUCCCCUAUCCGUCUUUUUCCAUCUUGUGUUUACUGGUGUCAACCAGUUAUCGAGAGAGCUUUCAGUAUCAAGAUAAAGACUGACUGCAAUUCAACAAUUUCAAUUCCGAUCAAGAAUAGUUUCUUUGUUGUCAAAUUAUUGCGGUGACCUUGGAAAGAAAUUGAAGUUCAUAGUUUAGAGAUUAGCAUUUUAGGGGCAAACCCGAACGUCGUCGGUUGUGGAGGCACUCCUCUCAACGGAUGUCACGAGUUGGCGGCAUUCCGAAACCAAUCCAACCAAUGCAUUCCCGAGUUACGGUAUCAGUUCAAGUCGGUACAAGUGGAGGUAAUGCCCUAUCUGAGAGGAACCCAAAACCAGUCUACUUUCAGUUCAAUUACAUUUGUGAAGACGCGAAAAAAGUGAAGAACACAAUCACAGUGCAAACAUUCGGAAUACUGGUUGGAGCGGCCGUGUUCGGACAAGUCUCUGACAACUUCGGAAGACGGAAGGCUCUUUUGGUCUCGGCGAUGGGAAAUGCCAUUUUCAAUUGGAUCUCUGCCUAUUCGCCCGAUCUGUUCUAUUUCAUGGUUUGGCGCACUUUGGCGGGCGUUUUCACGGGAGGAGUCACUGUGUGAGUGCCUGACGAACUUAUCCAAUUUCCAGUAAUCGUUUAGAGUACAAAUGGUGUUUAUGGUUGAGAAUAUUCCAAGAAAGGACAGAAUGUGGAUUCAGGUAUCCAAGAAUCGAGAUACUAUGGAGACAAUUGAAGUGUUCAGAACUCCAUCACCUGGUCCCCGAACCUCAUUCUGUUCCCGUUCGUCGCCUACCUCUGUCAUGACUGGAGAACCCUUUCCGUCGUCACCGCGGCUGCUUCCAUUGCCACUUUCGUAGCCGUUCUCUUGUUGGAAGAGUCUCCGCGUUGGUUGAUUCAGAAGGGAAAACUGGAGCAAGCUCGAAAAGCUCUGAUCAAAAUACGCAAGACUGAUCGUCUCUACGACGAAUCAUUUGAAAAAGAUCUCGACGAAGUUCUGCACAUAGAGUCUGAAAAGCUAGCGAGAAGUUCGAAGAAAACAAAGAAAUACACUUUUAUUCACUUAUUCUGCACUUGGAAAAUGAUGGCGCAGACGCUCACUUUCAUCACGGGAAUGUGAGUAAUCAGCGGAAAAAGAGACCGUCUGAAAGGUCGUUAUUACAGCACGUGCACCACUUUUAUCGUCUACUCUCUCAUGUACAAUAUGGAGAAACUGUCCGGUUCGCUUUACUGGAAUUUGGCAAUCAUGGGGGUCAGUGAAGAAGACAGAAGACGUACAUACUUCAAGUGGAACUUUCUGUCAUUCAGGCGUCCAGAUGGAUCAUCAACAUUCUGGUGUGCAUAGCAGAUUACAAGCUCCCGUGGUUCGGAAGAAAGAUGAUCAACCAGAUCUCGAUGGUUUUCACGCUUUUGGCCCUUGCAUUCAUGGCGAUUUAUCUGUUCUUCGGAUAUGAGGGGCAGGCGUUGGCAGUCGGAACAGUGGUCGCCGUCGGAAUGUGCUCCCAACUGUUCAUCGCCAAGUACAUGAUGGUCAACGAGUUGUACCCGACUGCAGUCCGGAACUUGGCAGUCUCGGCUGUUUCCACUGUGAGCAGGAUCGGAAGCAUGUUCUCCCCUCAGCUGUUCUACCUGGUACUCGUCCUCUCCGUCCAUCACAAUACAAAGACUUCAUUUUCAGAGUGACUACGCAGAAUGGAUCCCGUACGCCGUCCUCUUCUCCUGCCAACUCUAUGACCUCAUCGUUCUGUCGAUCUUCCUCCCAGAAACCAAAGGAGUUUUACUCGAGAAUCAUCUGCCCCCGAAGCACAAGAGAAUCUUCGGGAAACGGACCUAA